AUGCUCUCACGUGUUGCUGCAGUGAUGGCAUCCCGCACACACAACCGUCGCCGCGUGACCGGAUCCAGCGGAAGGAGGAGGGAAGGAGGAGAGAGUGAGCCGCAGAGGCCCAACAUGUCCCGGCGUGCGUUCACUUCUGCGAUGCUGCUCCUCCUCGUCGUGAUGAUGUGCUGCGACACUGGUGGAGCCACAGCCACUAAUAAUGGGACUUCGCGGAGGGCAAGUCUGAGAUCUUCACCGAAAACAUAUUUUUUUUGGAGAGAUAAGAAUGAAGGAGAAACAGUGAGUUCUUUACGUGUUCCAGUUCUUGUUGAGAUGAAUGAUGAUGUGUUUGCCGUUGCCGAGGCGCAGUGCACGGAAACCAGUAACAGCGGUUUUGCUGGGAUUGCCUCGGAGCUCCUGGAGUGGACCGAUAAAGAAUCAAAAGAAUUGGAUACAACUAAACUGAGGACACAAGUACUGGAGAAAUUUCAGGUUGAACAAGGGAAGUUUCCCUUCCUAAACGUUACUCAGAAUGCCUCCCAAAACCGGACGAAAGUACGUGUGAGCCGGCCAACAACAGUUGUGAAUGGGAGUGUUAUUUACAUGUUUGCUGGAACCUACAGUUUUGAAGUGACUGAAGCAGCUGGUAGCACAGCUGCAGCAGCUAAAUGGGGACUUUUGGUAGCUGUGGGAAACGUCAGUAAUGAUGGGAGCAGCGGUAAAAAAAAGAUUUAUUGGAAAGACGCUUCCGUUAUCCCGUGGACUGAGUUUGAAAACCAACACGAAUCCUUGACAGGGCUGAUUGGCGGCGGUGGAUCGGGUGUUCAGAUGAAGGACGGUACGUUUGUGUUCCCAAUGGAAGGGACGAAGGAUGGAAAGGCCGUUUCGCUCAUCAUAUACUCCUCAGACAAUGCGAGUGGGAAUCUGUCGAAGGGGAUGUCUGCCGACGGCUGCAGUGAUCCCUCCGUCGUGGAGUGGAAGGGAAAACUCAUGAUGAUGACUGCGUGCGAUGACGGCCGCCGCAGGGUGUACGAGUCCGGUGACAAAGGGAAUUCGUGGACGGAGGCCCUCGGGACACUCUCGCGCGUGUGGGGCAACAACCAAAAGCGACAUGAGAAGGGCGUUGGAAGCGGUUUCAGCACAGCGA